AUGCCAGAACCAUCAUCACCAGAACAUGUUUACGGAUUCAAUAAAUGGUCUGAUCUUGGUUAUUCCACAAUUGAUAUGCUUUAUUUACGACCUGUACGAUGGUUUCAUCGAAAUGUAGUCGAACGUCUUCGUGGUUCAUCUUAUCCAUAUUAUCAUCGUAAAUUUGGUACUGUUAAAACAAUCGAUCAAUGUGAAAUUCAAGAUCAAAUAUGUUUUUAUGAAGCUGAAAUGGCUUAUUUACGUGAAAAACGUAUUGAUACAAUGAUCGUAGAAAUUCUUCAUGAUCGUUUAACACGUUGCAUUGCAUAUGAAGGUCGUAUUGAUGCAUUAGAUAAAUGUGCUAAAGAAAAAGAUGCUUUAUUUGAAUCACAUGCUAAUUGGUAUCAAAAAUAUGGUGAAAUGGGUGUACCACAUAGUUGUGUUGAUGCUUAUAUGAAACAAAAACAUCUUAUGAUAUGGAUGCGUCGUCAUCCUGAAGUGGAUCUUAAAGGAUGGGGAACUGAACGUGAUUAUGAACGUAAAACAAAGGAAUAUAUCAAGAGCAUUCCCAUGCCAAUGGAAAUUCGAUAG